ACACAUAGUGAUGAGGAAGAUGCUGAGAAUGAUGACCUGAAUGAUGCAGAUGGAGGGAAUUUAAAUGCAUCCUCCAUCGACAUGGAAGCAGUAGACAAGGCAGUAACUGAAGCUCAACCUGUUCGACCCAAGAGGAAGCUCAUCGCUACGCUUCAGAUCUACAACUCUGAGCUGGAAAAUGAGUUUGACAAUUUUGAAGACUGGCUGUGUAUUUUCCCCCUUCAUCGUGGCAAAGCAAAUGAGGAUGAAGAUGCAAACGAGGAUGAACAUUUUGUGGGGAAGUACAAGGGGUCCUUCUAUGUCUACCCCACCGAGGAAGCUGGCACAGAGCCCAAGGUCUCCCAAGGUGUUCCAAGGAACAGACCCAUCAAGGUUCUUGUAAGAGUUUACAUCGUUAAGGCUACGAACCUGUCUCCAGCAGACCCCAAUGGCAAGGCAGACCCCUACGUGGUGGUGACUGUGGGGCAGGAGCAGAAGGACACAAAGGAGCGAUACAUCCCAAAGCAGCUCAAUCCUGUGUUUGGAGAAGUUGUGGAGUUGACAGUCUCCUUUCCCAUGGAAUCAGAACUCACUGUGGCAAUAUUUGACCAUGAUUUGGUUGGAUCUGAUGAUCUGAUUGGGGAGACCAAGAUUGACUUGGAGAAUCGAUUCUACAGCAAGCACAGGGCCAACUGUGGAGUGGCUUCUCAGUACGACAUAAAUGGCUACAACAUGUGGCGAGAUGCUUUUAAGCCCACACAGAUCUUGGAUAGUUUAUGCAAGAAAAACUCACUCCCUGCAGCAGAGUAUAGACGGGAGGAGGUCAAAGUGGACAACAAAGUAUUCAAGAUUCCUCCAGAGGCUUUUUCUGAAGAGGCCUCUGUGAGGAACAAGAGAGAAGUGGCAGAAGAGAACUGGCCAGUGGAUGAUGAACAUAAGGCUUUGUACGUCCUGCAGCACUGGGAAGAGAUGCCAGGAUAUGGGUACAAGCUAGUACCAGAGCAUGUGGAGAUCCGGUCUCUGUACAACCCGGAGAACCCUGGGCUUGUGCAGGGCUCCCUGCACAUGUGGAUUGACAUGUUUCCAAACGAUGUCCCUGCACCGCCGCCUGUCAACAUCAAGCCACGACUGCCUGUCAGCUAUGAGCUGCGUGUGAUUAUCUGGAACACAGAUGAUGUGAUCCUUGAUGAUGUCAACCCAGUAACGGGAGAACCUUCCAGCGACAUCUACGUGAAAAGCUGGAUAAAGGGUCUUGACCAUGACAAGCAAGAGACGGAUGUUCACUUCAACUCCUUGACUGGAGAGGGCAAUUUCAACUGGAGGUUUGUUUUCCGCUUCAACUAUCUCCCGACCGAGAAAGAGAUCACCUACAAGAAGAAGGACUCUGUCUUCUCCGUGGAGGAAUCAGAGUUUCGGGAACCGGCUGUUGUGGUUCUCCAGGUCUGGGAUUACGAUAGGAUUUCAGCUAAUGACUUUCUAGGCUCCAUUGAGCUGAAGCUGCAUGACAUGGUGCGGGCAGCCAAGAGCUCAGAGCUUUGCACCAUCAAGAUGGCCAAGGAGAACGCAACUCCUCGCUUCUCCAUCUUCCGAAACAAGCGCAUGCGGGGUUGGUGGCCCUUCAUCAAACUCAAAGAUCAAGAAGAUGAGGAGAGAGAAGAAAGGGAAAUCAAGCGGAAGAAGAAGAAAAAGAAGUGGGGAAGCUCAGUCAAACCAGAGGAUGUGGAGUUCACGGACCCCAGUGGGAACAAGUACCUCCUGACGGGUAAGGUGGAAGCAGAGUUCCAGCUGCUGACUGUGGAGGAGGCUGAGAAAAGUCCUGUUGGUUUGGGCCGAAAAGAGCCUGAACCCCUGGAAAAGCCCAACCGGCCAAAAACUUCUUUCAACUGGUUUGUGAAUCCCAUGAAGACCUUUGUGUUCUUUAUCUGGAAGCGGUACAAGAAAUACAUCAUUGUGCUGUUCAUUGUUGCUGUUCUGACCAUCUUCCUGGUCCUUUUGAUCUAUACCAUGCCUGGAUACAUCAGUGAGAAGAUCAUCAAUGGAUAA